CAAAACAAUUUAGAAUUGUUUACACAUACAUACAAACUAUACAUAUUUUGUUAUCUUUUUACGAGGACUUUAUGCAACUGCAUAGUAAAUGCAUAUGAAAAUAUAUUUCUUCCUCUUGGCAUUUGUGUCGCUGGACUUAUCGUCGACCCACGCCUACAAUCGCCGGCCCAACCGAAAAAAUACCAAGCGAAUGAUUCAAAGCCUUUAUUCGGACUUUUCGAUGGCUAACGAGGCGGGCGAUGGGGCUGGAGGCGGUGGUAGUGGUAGUAGUAGCGGUGGGAGCUGCGGCGGCAAUAUGAGCGCAGGUAACGCUAAGCAGAAGGCUACCAACAUUGCGCAGAAAGCAGCAAAGGAAGCUAAAGCCGCCUCGGAUGCCCAACAGGCGGCUGGUGAAGCAGCCUCACAACAAGUAAAGGCACAGCUAGCCGAAAAGGCGGUUGCCGCCGCAAAGGCAGCUGAGGCAGCGCUUGCUGGCAAGCAACAAAUCGUACAACAAUUGCAGCAAGAAGUGCGCGAAGCUGAGGCUGUGGUGCAAGAGCAAAGUAGCUCAUUGCAGAAUGCCCAACAGAAUGUGAAUGCCGCUAUGCAAGCCGCACAAAAUGCUGCUCAACAAUUGAAGACCCUAACAAAAGCGGUAAAUAUGGCUCAAAUUAAUGUGGGCAAUGCAGAGCAGGCAGCACUAGGAGCGCAACAGGAACAGGCCGAAAAGACACAAUUGUUUGAGGCUGCGAAGAGUCGUGUGGAACAAUUGUUGGGUCAACUGAGUGCGGCACGCGGUGAUUACUCAAAGACGAAAGAUGCCGCCAUGAAAGCAGCAGCCGCAGCACACGAAGCCAAACAAAAUGCAAAUCCUUCGAGUCGUUGCUAUCGCUCUUUAGCUGCGGCCCGUUUAAUGGCUAAGCGUCAUCGGCUAAUGGGGCAUAGGCCAAGGCACUAAAUAAAUGUUGGUGGCGCAACGGGUGAUAUUGUCCACGAUGGAGGAUGCACGUUGGACAACGAACUUGUUUGAAAUAAUUUUGAAUAUUCGUUACUUCUUUUAUACAUUUUUAGCCAAAUAAUUUACCA